GUGCGGGGCAGCGAUAAACAUCCCUGAUAAUCGACUUGUUACACCAAUGACAGACCUCGGGCUGUUAUUAAAAGAGAUACACUUCAAUCUAACCGUUGCAACCUUGCAGAUAAUGGCCAGACUCUGGCAGGUGCCUGGCAGGUGACAUCGCCGGGACGCAACAAGCCGGUUCCCCUGGUAUGUAUUUAAGCAUCGGUGGCGCAAGCCUAUCGCUCCCUCGAAUUUCGCAAGCAACCACCAUGCUUUUCACUGGGGUUUGCAGCAGCAGUUGCUUGAUUUUGGCUCCCAGUUCCACAGGACUCGGCCGGUUACUGACAGUGCCCACUAUUCCUGGAUUUAUCGAGCGCAACGGCACAUUUCGCAUCCGUCAUGUUGAGAGUAUCGUGGUGGACUCACGCUACUCGAACCACGUGGACAAUAAUGGCCAGACAUUGAUUCCUCCGACGCUCCAGGAGUUCGCGUCUACUUUCCAAGAAGAUCUUCGGUCGUCGUUGGGUCUGGAUGUGCCGCUCACUUUCAACAGCAGCAGAGGGCACAACACGAUCUUUCUGACUCUCGCAAACCAUACAGGCUUUCAGGAUGUUGCUGGGCGGUGGACCUCGGAGGGAUAUGCGUUGGAGGUUGACAGCCAUGGAAUCACUAUUGCGGGAGCGAGUCCUCUCGGGGUCUGGUGGGGAUCGCGCUCAGUAAUCCAAGCAGCUGUUCUGGGUGGCCAUGGCCAUGCUCUCCCGCAUGGCUCUGCGGUCGACGCGCCUGGUUGGGCCAGCCGAGGAGUUAUGGUGAGUGAUCUUUCCACGACAAGACCUUGCAAGUGUUUAAAGCUGAUCCUCCAGCUUGACGUCGGUCGCCAUUACUACCCACCUCACUUCCUGGCAGAGAUUUGCUCGUACCUGUCCUUCUUCAAGCAGAACGUGUUCCACUUACAUCUUAGCGACAACCUCUACAAUAACGUUGAUCUAUAUUCAACGCAGGCUAGCAUGGAUCUGUAUGCAUCCUUUCGCCCGUGGUCCGAUGAUCCAGCUCUCGCAGGUCUCAACAAGCGCGCCAAUGAGUCAUAUACGCAAGCCCAGUUUGAUCAGAUUCAGCAGCAGUGUGCUCGUCGGGGUGUCACCAUCAUACCUGAGAUUGAGGCUCCGGGCCACGCUCUAGCAAUCGUUCAAUGGCGACCGGAGCUGGGUCUCAAGGAUCUCAGCAUGCUUAACAUCAGUCAUCCAGACACAAUACCUACCAUGAAAACCAUUUGGAAAACACUCCUUCCCUGGUUUCACAGCAAAACCGUUCACCUCGGAGCGGACGAAUACAACUCUUCCUUGGUAGAUGAUUACACCGGCUUUGUGAAUCAACUGAACGAUUAUAUACAGGCGGAGUCUGGGAAAGCUGUUCGGAUCUGGGGGACCUUCACACCUUCGCAAGGCGCGAAUGUUAGCAAGGAUGUUUCGAUCCAGCACUGGGAAUUCUUUGAGGACAAUCCUUAUCUUGACUACAUUCAGAAUGGAUACAAUGUUCUCAACUCCGACGACGCAUUCUACAUUGUCGGGAAGUGGUCUGGGAGUUAUCCUCAGUACCUGAACAAGACCAGAGUAUUCCAUGGAAACCCCGCUGGAGGCGCAUACGCACCUAACAUUUUCGAUACAAAGAACGCCACGAACAACCCACCCCGUGAUAGCCCGGGUGUGCUAGGGCACAUCGCCGCCCUCUGGAACGACUAUGGUCCCAAUGCUACCACUGUCUCGGAAGCAUAUUAUUCAUGGCGAGAUGUCCUUCCUGCCCUGGGCGACAAACAGUGGGGUGGCGAUCUUCUCGAAGCUGAAUAUAACAGCAUAUUUGACAAACUCCACGCAGCUGUUCCUGGGCAGAAUCUCGAUCGUCGAGUUUCGAGCAAAGGAAAGCGGAUUCUCGAGUACCGAUUCACUCAGAACGACAGUACCAGCGUCAAGGACUUCUCAGGGAACAACUACCACGGCGCUGUCCACGACUGCCAGAUCCGCCACUCUGCCAUCACCUUCUCCGAUAAUUGUUACCUGCAAACGCCGCUCACCAGUAAAGGCAGAGACUACACGCUUUCCUUCUCCGUCAAGCCCACUUCUCAAGUGCCGGGGACGCUUUUCUCUGGCUUUGACUCCACGCUUCUCAACGGCAACGGGUCGAUCAGCAACCUCACCCUGGUCAGCGGUGGUAACGCGUACUCGCUGAACUAUAGUCUCCCGGUCGAUGUCUGGACGGAUGUGAGUCUGGUCGGCAAGGGGAAUCGAACGUUCCUUCGGGUCUCGGAGGCGAAUGGUCAGCAGGCUAGUAUGGAGUUUCUGACGAGGUUGGGUGUGGAUGGGGAUAGUCUGGUGUGGGCGCCUAUUGCGAUCGAGGCGCCUUUGGCUCGGGUCGGGGAGGGAUUCACCGGGUUGAUGAGGAAUAUCUCUCUAUGGGGGGCUUCGAGGUAAUCAUCAUCUUCGUAUAUCGGAAGGGUCAAGUUUUGUGAGACUUUUAGUUGAAAGUUUUGGGGGAUAGAUGAAGUUGAACAGGUCGAGAGACAUGUGGUUGGAUGGAUGACCGUUGAAAGAGACGUCCGCUCCAAUUAACUGAUGGGUGGAAGAGGGAUCAUGUGUGCUUCCCAGGGUCCUCAGAAGGGUCUCGGAAAGAUCGAUGCCAAGUUCACACAGUUUGAGGACGGAUACAAUCCUUUGGGCAUGUUCAUCGUGGCUGGAAGCCCCAAGUAUGUAGUUUCUUUCCGACCAUUUAUGCCACUUUUCAACACAAAGAAGCAAGAAGCAGCCUGGUGUGAAGUCGUUGAAUAGCAUCAAGCACAGGGCGGGCUCUUUCCAAAUCACCUGCGGCUUGC